UUUCUCUCUUUGUGGAUCACUCUUAUUAUCUCAUUCCCGGCCACCAACUUUAAAUAGGAAGAUAUAUCUUUCUUUCUAUAUAGUCUGCUAGCCAUUACUUCUUCUUACAAGUUGUUAAGCAUGAAAGGAAUGGAUAGUUUCCUCUGUGCAUCUUCUGCUUCCACAGCCAUCAUGGAUCAAAGAGCCAUAGUCCGGCGAGCCCACAGAGUCCCCAUUAGCGACCAUGUUCAUGUUUAUGAUCGAAGAAGAAACCAAUCCCAUCUUCCUAUGAUGCCCUGUUCAUUUGAUCAGUUACCAAUUGAUCCGAAGCCACUGUACGAAAAAUGCAGGAGUAGUUUUUCUUCAGCGCAGAGCAGCGAUAGAGAUCAGCUACGUCGGAAAAGCUAUGCGGAAAUCCAUGAGCAAAGAAGAAAGAGUACUUCCUCCACUUCUCGGUAUCGGAUUGCUGAUGAUUCCACAGUACCCUUCAUCGACUGGAUAUCGGAGACUGACGCAACAUUGGUUCCUUCUGAUCAUCAUGAAGCAGCAGCAUCUAACCCUAGACUGCGAUUGAUCAUGAGAUCCAAUGAUGAAUCUCGUCGUCCACCCCCAGCUCCAUUAAGGUCUUCUUCUACUCGCUCUCGUAACCAGGUUGUGGUUCUGAGGGUGUCAGUGCAUUGCAAGGGAUGUGAAGCAAAACUGAGGAAGCAUCUCUCUAAAAUGGAAGGAGUUACAUCGUUUAGUAUAGAUGUACCAACAAAGAAAGUUACGGUGAUCGGAGACGUGACACCAUUGGGUGUGCUCGCGAGUGUAUCCAAAGUGAAGAAAGCUCAGCUCUGGUCUUCUCCAACAUCUUCUCAAUGGUCAGCAUGAUAGAUUGCUUGCAAUCUGAUUAUAAUUGAUAUUUGAUACGUUAAAUCAGUAACAGCAAUAGCAACUGUGGUGCGCAUGCGAGCGUGUUUGUAUGAUCAGCUGUCAGAUUCAUUAGUUAACCGUUUUUAUUAUCAGAUGUAUUGUAAACUAAUCUCUGCAAAAGCUUUUAUCUUGCCGAUAGAAUCGGGGUUUUCAAGUCCUUAAGUCAGUCAACUGGUUUGUUUAUGUUAAGAGAUGCAGCUAGCUAGUUUGGUGACUAAGUGAUCAUCCUAUGCUUUCUCAGUUUCUUGUGUUAUGUGAUUAUGUCCUUCUGAAUGUGCAUACCCUUUUCUUUCUCUUCA